AUGGAGGGUAAUGGGCUUCUGUCCCUGUUCACCAGUAAUGGGCUUCUGUCCCUGUUCACCAGUAAUGGGCUUCUGUCCCUGUUCACCGGUAAUGGGCUUCUGUCCCUGUUCACAGGUUAUGGGCUUAUGUCCCUGUUCACCGCGGUUACCCCGCAAAGUCAGGAAGGUCACGGCUAUGACCAGAGGUAUCACCCCAACUAUGCACCUGUAGGAAGUGUGAUCCAAUCUUCAAGUUCGGUUGUGGUCGUUAACCAGCCGGCGCAGAACACGAUGUGCGUGAUGCAGCCGAGGCCGCCGGAUUAUACUGGUUUGGCAUUUUUUUCUUGCCUCUGCUGUGCCUGGCCAUUAGGUCUGGUGGCCAUCAUCCUUGCGAUCCAGGCGAAAUCAUUGGCUUACAAUGGUCACUACAAUGAUGCCAAGAGAAGGUCGAAUGUCGCACUUGGAUUCAUCAUUGCAAGCGUCAUAGUAUGCAUCGCUUGCAUCGUAGCUGUGGUAACCGUUGUACUCUGUACAGGAAUCAUUCAAAGUGAUGAGCAUGCAUAA